AUGUCGGACAUGCUGCUGCUGUUUGGGCCUGUGUUACAGCAGCAACAGGCACCACCGAUGCUGACGGGCAGGGAGAAAGGGGCCAGGCGAGGGGCACAAUGUGUGCAUGUGGCUUGUGUGAAAGCAAAGGGAGACGUCGACCAUCCGCAUGUGUUUUACAGCAAGGAGCAUCUAAUUGAGGGGCACCCGCCCUGCGGAAUGGCUCAUACCAACAACUGGAGCCCUGGACCCCCAUGCUCCCCCCCACGACGCCGACAGGCCCGCCCGCCGUCUCGCACCAUUCCCGCCUCUCACACGGUCUGCGUCAUGGUCACGCGCCAGCGGCCCUUGGCGGUGGGCUGCGCGUCGCGCAGCACCAGCCGCCCCUUGCCAGAGCAGGAGAUGAUGUCCCCCGCGCUCAGCUCCACGCUGGGCUUGGCCACGGGGCGCCAGUUCACCCGCACGGAGCCCUGGCGCACGAGGUCUGCUGCCUUGGAGCGGCUGAGGCGUAGGCCCGCCGACAGGAUGGAGUCCAGGCGCAGGGAGGCCUCCACGCUGGACACCUCCCUGAUUCGCGGGGGGGGCAGCGCCAGGUCAGCAAGGUCCGUGAGGGAGAGGGUCACGGGGACGCUUCGCACCUGGGGGGUAUUGAGGGGGGGGGAAGGUGUGAGGCGAGGGAGGCGUGCCUGA